AUGGCAUCCGCGGGCCGCGCCUCAAAGUCCAUAAGCAGCGGACUCGCCGCAGCUAUCAGACCCAGCUAUGUCUGUCGGACAUGCAAACAUCAACUCCUGCAACGCGAAGCACAGCAAGCCAGACAGUCCUCCAGCCUGUCGUCAAGAGACUGCAUGCGACGUGGCACGGGUCUUGCAAACGUACAGCGCCGCCAAGUCUCCUUCAACUCUCUCCUCAACCGCUCUGAACCUUCCAACCAGCAAUCCCCGCCGAAGGACGCUGGAACUACUGCGCCGAUUGAGCAUUACGUUGAAGCCACCACUUGGGACGGAUUGGAACAUGUAGGCCAUCAGGGGCAUUGGAGGGACCUUCCUCCUAAUCCCAAAGACGACUAUGAACCCUGGCUUGAUCCAACCGCCACAACACCUCUCCAGCGCGACGAAUUUCUCUCAUUCCUUUACAUAUCCGUCGUCGAAUGUUUGGCGUACAAACAACUUGGAAAAGAUCCAGCCAUUCUUUUUGAACAGGGUCCGCCUGACUUCCACGGCGACAUGACGUCUCUAAAGAUCAAACUGUCGAGCUCUGGGACUGUGUCACACCUCGAAGAUCCAAGCGGUGUCUUACAGAAAGCCAGCGAAGCGCCGAGGCCUGAGUCGGAGAGGCAAGAAGAGAUCGAACUUUCCAUACCAGAGGUGGAGGAACAGCUCGCUGGCGCAAAGUUUGAUUUUAGUGAUCCCCUCACGUUUGCUGUUGUCAAGCGCUUUUCCCAACUCACCUCCCACCGCAUCCCUGAUCCUCUUCUCAAUACCAUCUUACGCGGCAACAAGCCCCUAACCACCUUUGUGGACUUACUCACGCAAAACGCGAAGCCAAAAGCCAAAAAAUUCGCAGAGUUGUUGUUAGCUAAGCAGAAAAAAGCACUGGAUUUCGCGGCUAAGGAGAGAAGCGACGCCGAGAUCGGCGAGACGCCAAUGCCCGAGCAGACAGAGAAAGCUGUCUCUGGACCACAGAACGACGCUACCCAGAAAACCCUGAGGAAGCCGCGGCAGAAAUUCCAGCCCCUUGGCCCCAACGUGAUGAUCUUCCCCCGCCGAGAGACAGAGGUUGAUCGCGAAAUGGAAAUCGGGCGUUGGAAGGUCAUCAAGCGCGAGCUCGAGAAUCGCAGUCUGCCAGUGUACCCGCUUCCGAGGUUGGUGCCGGAGGGUGAAGCGUGGAGGAACGAGGAACCGGAAGGGGGAGUUGCGCAGAGGAAUUUGUGA